AUGGAAAAUGCUGAAUAUUUUAUAGGUUAUUACAUUAUUUUUCGUGUCUAUCAUAUUAAAACGAUUGCAGUGUUUACGCCACUGGGUUUCGUGAGAUUGUUCGGUGUAGUUGGAGCCGUUCUGGUGAAGCCACAGUUCCUGAGGGAUCUCAACGAAGAAUAUUAUGUCUACUCGCUCGAAGAGGCCACUAUACGAAGGCGAAUUGAUAACUCCGCUGCCACAGGUGCCAGUUACAUUACCCCAGAGCCAAUGUGCCCGGGUCGAGGGGAUAUAUCUGCAUCCGUGGACGACAGUGUGGCUGAUUCCAAAGCCAAGAUUGUUGAGCCUGAUGAGAAACAGAUACCACUGCUUCGGCUCCGAAAUGGUGCUUUGCACGCUGGUCUUAAUGAGAGAUUGCAUAGGAUUGUUGCCAUGAGGAAGGAAGUAGAGAACAAACGAAAAACAUCGUCUCUACAACGCAACGUAGUGUACCCGCUGGCUAUGUUGUUGCUCCUGGCCCUCACCGCGAUUACAGUUUUAAUGGUGCUGCAGAACACGCUCGAACUGCUCAUAGGCAUUAAGGCAUUACCUCUAAGCACACGGCAAUUCACGUUAGGGAUCGCGUCGCUAUCUAAAUUAGGAUGGGCGGGAGCUACACUAGAGGCAUUCCUAAUACUAUAUCUACACGCGGCGUCGCUAACGGGGCUCUGUACCCCCAUGAGGGCGUUAAGGGUUCUACCACGUGCAAGAAGAACGCCCCUAACAAGAAUAAUAGCUCUCUGUGCUGUGUUAUUAGCGCAUUCAACGGCCCAGCCGUUGCUUGUUAAAAUACUUGGUAUAACAAACUUCGAUUUGCUCGGCGAAUUUGGUCGAAUCGAAUGGCUGGGCAGCUUCAAGUUAGUGUUGUUAUACAACGCCAUAUUCGCAUCAACAGCCAGUCUUUGUCUCAUCAACAAGUUCACCGCCAGCGUUCGAAGGGAACUAUACAACAGAUUUAAAUGGAUCACUGAUUUUUUCACUGCACCUGAGACUCAACUACACAGAAUCUCUAAUACUUCAAGACUAUCCAUGGAUUGGUCAGUUAAUGAAAAAACUAAAACUAAUUCAGACCCAAAACCCAAAUCUCAAUAA